UUUCCAUUUUAGUAGCAGGUUCUCUUUUCGUUUAAAAUCGUUAUCGCCCGCAGCCUUAACGUGAUUUAUCUACAUUCUUAUCCCUCGAUGCCGGCGCGGACUUUGCACGCACGCUGGUGACUCGAGCGUGGAGUGUGAAGGCGUAACUGAAUGCGUUUGAUGCUGGCUGAUUUGGCCGAUUUCGAAGGCAGUGUCGUGGUUUUCGUGCGGCUGUCGUCUUCUUCCUGAUUUAUCGCGCUCUGCUUCACUGUUUUAUUGAGGAUGCAUAUCCCGGCAGAAAAUCCAUACAUCAGCUGCAUCUCCCCGCUGGAGGUGGCCGGCACGCAGCACCAGUUUUUCGAUCUGCAUCGACUUUUUGAUGGAGAAAAUCGCGUUUUGUACGAUCGUCUGCCGUACAGUAUCCGCGUGCUGCUGGAGUCGGCGGUGCGCAACUGCGACGGCUUCCAUGUGCGCAAGAGCGACGUGGAGAGCAUCCUCAGGUGGGACGACGUCCACCGGCAUCCCGACGGCGUCGAGGUGGCCUUCAAGGCCGCCCGCGUCAUCCUCCAGGAUCUGACCGGCGUGCCGGUCGUGGUGGAUUUGGCGGCGAUGCGUAAUGCCGUGGAACAAUUAGGCGGCGAUGCCACCAAAAUCAACCCCAUCUACCCCGUCGAUCUCGUCAUCGACCACAGCGUCGUCGUGGACGCGUCGCGCACACCGGAAGCGCUGGAGAUUAACGAGAAGCUGGAAUAUGAGCGCAACGCCGAGCGCUUCCAAUUUCUUAAGUGGGGCGCGAAGGCCUUCCAGAACAUGCUGAUCGUCCCGCCUGGCUCCGGCAUCGUCCACCAGGUGAAUUUGGAGUAUUUGGCGCGGGUCGUCUUCGAAGCGGACAGCGGUCUGCUCUACCCGGACACCGUCGUCGGCACCGACUCCCACACUACCAUGAUCAACGGUCUCGGCGUCCUGGGAUGGGGCGUCGGCGGCAUCGAAGCGGAGGCCGUGAUGCUGGGCCAGGCCAUCAGCAUGGUCCUCCCGGAGGUGGUGGGCUUCAAGCUGACCGGCCGGCUGCCGGAAGUGACCACCAGCACGGAUCUGGUCCUCACCAUCACCGCGAUUCUGCGCAAAUUGGGCGUGGUGAAUAAGUUCGUGGAGUUCUUCGGCGCCGGGUGCGCCGCGCUGAGCAUCGCCGACCGCGCCACCAUCAGCAAUAUGGCGCCGGAGUACGGCGCCACCUGCGGCUUCUUCCCGGUGGACAACAAGACGCUGGACUACCUGCGACAGACCGGACGAACGUCGCGCAAAUUGGCCGUGGUGGAAGCCUACCUGAAAGCCACGGGCAUGUUCCGUGAUUACACCAAACCCGACGAAGACCCGACUUUCACCACCGUUGUCGAACUGGAUUUGAGUACGGUCGUGCCGAGCAUCAGCGGCCCGAAACGUCCGCACGACAUGGUCCCCCUGACCCAGGUCAAAGACGACUUCACCAAGGCUCUCACCAACAAGGUGGGCUUCAAGGGCUACGGUCUCCCGCCUGACCGGGUCAGCGCCCACGCGCCGCUGCUAUACGACGGCCGGGAGUAUCCGCUGCGCCACGGGGACGUGGUCAUCGCCGCCAUCACCAGCUGCACCAACACCAGCAACCCCAGCGUAAUGCUGGGCGCUGGACUGUUGGCCAGAAAGGCCGUGGAACGCGGGUUGUUGGUUAAGCCGUACGUUAAGACCAGCUUGUCGCCGGGGAGCGGGGUGGCCACGAAGUACCUGCAGUCCUCGGGAUUGACGCCGUUCCUGGAACAACUCGGGUUUUCGGUGACGGGCUACGGCUGCAUGACCUGCAUCGGGAACAGCGGGCCGCUGCACGAGUCCAUCGUGGCGGCCAUCGAGAAGGGCGACCUGAUCGUGGCCGGCGUGCUGUCCGGCAACCGCAACUUCGAGGGCCGCAUCCACCCCAACACGCGCGCCAACUACCUGGCCUCGCCGCCCCUGGUGGUGGCCUACGCGCUGGCCGGCACCGUGGCCAUUGAUUUCGACAGGGAGCCGUUGGGACAGUCGCCCGACGGGACGCCGGUCUUCCUGCGCGAUAUCUGGCCGACGCGCGAGGAAGUGGACCAGCUGGAGCGGAAGGUGGUGCAUCCGGCCAUGUUCGAGGAGGUCUACGGCAGUGUGGCGGCCGGGAAUAGUCGCUGGAAUUCGCUGGACGCGCAACCAUCGGUGCUGUAUCCGUGGAGCGAGAUGUCUACUUACGUCAAGUACCCGCCCUACUUCGACGGCAUGUCGCGGGAGGUGCACCCCAUCCAGCCCAUCCACGCCGCCCACUGCCUGCUGCACCUGGGCGACUCCAUCACGACGGACCACAUCAGUCCGGCCGGCAACAUCGCCCGCACCUCGCCAGCGGCCCGCUACCUCGUCGAGCGCGGCAUCGCUCCCAAAGACUUCAAUUCGUACGGGUCACGCCGCGGCCAUGAUGCCGUCAUGAAGCGCGGCACCUUCGCCAACAUUCGGCUCGUCAAUAAACUGGUGAGCAAGCCCGGUCCACAGACGGUGCACAUUCCCAGCGGCGACGUGAUGGACAUUCCGGAUGCCGCGGACCGCUACAUGGCGGAGGGGACCCCGCUGAUCAUCCUGACCGGGAAGGAGUACGGCUCGGGAUCGUCGCGCGACUGGGCGGCCAAGGGACCGCUGCUGCUGGGCGUGAAGGCGGUGAUCGCGGAGAGCUACGAGCGCAUCCACCGCAGCAAUCUGAUCGGGAUGGGCAUCGCGCCGCUGCAGUACGUGCCCGGCCAGAGCGCCGACACGCUGGGCCUGACGGGACGGGAGAAAUUCACCAUCGGCAUCCCCGAUCUCAUCCAGCCCGGCGACCGAGUCACCGUUAAGACGGAUGACGGGAAGGAGUUCCAGGUGGUGGCUCGCUUCGACACGGAAGUGGAGCUGACCUACUACCGCAACGGCGGCGUCCUCAACUACAUGGUGCGCAAGAUGACCGCCGCCUGAGUAUUCAACCUGCUUCGCUGUGGGAAACGGUUUUGGCCGCAUCUGUGGACGUUGCCUGUACACGUUAACCACCGGUGAUUUGUUAAACAUCUGUUUGUCAUCAGACGAUCAGUAACUACAAACUGAUUUUCAGUGCAACCGUAAAUAAGAAGUAUUACACCCGGGAAACCGUAAAUUCUAUAUUCGUACGUAACUUGCUGCGCCAAUUCGAUAGAACUAUAUAUAUAAUAAAAAAAUAAGAAGAUC